AAAAGGGAAGGCAAAGUAUCCCAAAGAAAGGCAACCUCUUGGCUGGUAGCUGAUCUGAAGAAGGGCUUUCAUCAAGGGUUAGGUGCCCAUCCAUCAGGGAUUUUUUCAGCUGCAAUUCCUGCUUUUGCAGGGGGCUAGGCUAGAUGGCCCCUGAGGUCGCUUCCAAUGUUGCCCCAGGAAGGUUCCCCAUUGCCAGAUUUAAGGGGUGCCCAGUUCCACAGGGACAUCUUAUCCAGGCACUCUGAUGGGGAAAUAUGUCCUGAUGGGGAAAGACUCCUUUGCAAAAUGUCAUUUCAGCUUUGCUUCCUGAAGCUUGUGGCCUGUCUUGCCACAAGUGCCUGGGGACACGUGAGAAUUGCACGAACCAGCAGCAACUCUGUGGCAGCAACGAGACCCUUUGCAUGGAGGAAACCCGAGCUACCUACGGUAUGUGGCCCAGGGAAGGGGUUGCCAACUGACCUGGCCUGCGCAUGCCCCUUGAUCUGCAGCAGGGCCAUCUUACCCAUAGGCGCUAGGGGUGUGGGGCACCCGGGCGCCGGGCUCUCAGGGGUGCCAGGCCAAGAGUCCAGGGCCGAGAUUUGGAGUCCGGGGAUUGGGAAGAGCCAACAGCCAUUGCCGAGUGGAGCAGAGCCCAUUGGAGCACUGCAGCUCUUCUGCUGCGGGCGAGCAAGGCGCUGAGGCAGCCGGCCGGCUCCACCCUUCUGCGCGCCCGGCUUCGCUCAGUCGCUGCCACCACUGCCUCAGGCUCCUCUGUUGCUGCUGAGGUGGCUGGCCAGGCCAGAUCUGCCGUACAUGCCUCUCCAGCCCACCCUAAAAAAAGGUUGACAACUCUGAGCAACCUGGAGGGGGGCACUAGACAGAUCUUUGCACCCCAAUGCCGCAUAUGCUUAAGACGGCACUGACCUGCAGAAUUUGAUGCUUUAAAAAAGAAACAAUUUUGCAGAGAGUUGUGCAUCACCACCUACCUGCAAUGUAGUGGUCAGAGAGUGGGACUGGGACCUGCGAGACCUGAGUUCAAAUCCCCACCCAGCCAUGAAGCUCACUGGGUGACCUUGAGCUAGUAGUCACCCCAAUUCUCACCCUAACUAAAGUACCUCACACAGGGCUGUUGUAAGGAUAAUGCGGAGAAGGGGAGGAGGCAUGUGCACCACCUAGAGCUCUUUAUAAAUGCAAUAAUAUACAAAAUAAAUCCAGCCUUUGCACAGGCACAGUGACACACUGAAAAGGUAGUAGCCCUUCGCUGUCCCAACAAGAAAAGUUGGUCAUCAUUCCCUCUAGGUGCCCCACUCGCCUUAAUGAACGGGUUCGUCAAGCCUGUGUUUGGGCUGUGUUUUGCCCGGUGCGUCACAAUUUCUGCAGGCCCGAUUUGGAAUAGCCUUAUCUCAGAUCUCUAUCACUUAAAAAAAAAAAUCCAUGUGUGACCUUGGCUGGUUAGCUUUGUCUCCAGGCAAGGAGGGUCAUUAGCUGCCCGUUUAAGGGCUUUCUGGCCUGGCAUUUAACAUUCAAUUUGCUGCUUCAGAGGUUUAUGUGUUUGUUUAAAGGAAGCAUAUGACUAAGUAGGAGAAGGCGCUGCUGUAGGUUAACAUCGGGCAGGAAAACAGAGGUCAGUUCUGAGAAGCCUAGAGGCCUAGUUCACUACCUUUUGGAACUUUUCUCUUUGCAGAACUCAACAGGGAGGAGGAAGAUGGGUUCAAAACCAGAAUCAGCUGGCUCUGCCUGCCAUUGGCUCUGGCCUCGCCUAUUGUUGGAUUCCCUGCUGGGGUGGCACAUCUUGUUUUGCGACUUACUGCUAUGCAUACUUACCCCUAAUAUACGGUUGCCAUACAGUUGUACCUUGAAGUCAAACAGAAUCUGUUCUGGAAGUCCGUCCAACUUCCAAAACAUUCGGGUUCCAAAGCACAGCUUCUGAUUGGCUGCAGGAAGCUCCUGCAGUCAAUCGGAAGCUGUGGAAGCCCCGUCAGAUAUUCGGCUUCCAAAAGAACAUUCGAAGACGAGAACAGUCACUUCUGGUUUUCAAUCGUUCAGGAGCCGGAACAUUCGACUCCCAAGGUAUUCGGGAGCCGAGGUACAACUGUAUUUCAAAAAGCAAAAAUCUGGACACGAAAAGUUGUUGAGGGUUUUUUGGGGGAAAUCGCCCAAAAAGUUGUUUGGGGGAAAUCGCCCCAAAACACUUCCUGGUUCUGUUUUCAAAAAACCCAGACAUUUUGCCUAUUUUUGAAAAUUCCCCCCAGAUGGUAAUUUUGCCAUUGCAAUCCUGGACGUGUCUGGAGGAAAAUGGAUGUAUGGCAACCCUACCUAAUAUAUGCCUUUUUAUAAGUAUUGCUUCGUUAGGUAACUGCAUUGCAAAAUUCGGAUAACUGCAAAUUCUGAAGGAUGGCUGUGUUUCGUCUCCUUUUUUUUAAAGUGUGGAUUUCAUAACCUCACAUUUAAACAUGAACUGAAGCAAAUUACUCCCCCCUCCCUAGUGAUCAGUGAGUUACUUGCUGUUUGUAAGCCUCAUCAUGCACCUUAGCUACCAUCUUGCUGUGCCUUCCCUUCUCUAGGCCCCAUAAGUGAGACCCUGAAGAGAGGGUGCACCACAUCCCAGUACUGCCAGUCCUACUUCUCCACUCGCAGGGGCUUCAUAUCACGAAGCAUCUACUGCUGUUCCGAAGACCUUUGCAACGAUGUCCCCUACAAUGGUAAGAGUCCCCGGAGUAUGGUCAACCCUGAAGUGGAAAUGAUCAGGCCUCUACGCUCUCCAGAGACAUGUGUGACACACUGGAAAAAGAGCUGACUUGCUUACUUUCAUGAGCCACUAACUAUGGCCACAUUCACACCAUACAUUUAAAGCACUAUGAUACUGCUCUACGCUGUCAUGGCUUCCCCCAAAGAAUUCUGGGAGCUGUGAUUUAAAAGUGCCAAGAGGAGACCCUUGUUUCCCUCACAGAGCUACCAUCAUUCCCUCUUCACAGGGAACUUUGGGAACUGUAGCUCAGGGAGGGAAAUAGGGGUCUCCUAACAACUCUCAGCACCCUUAACAAACGACAACUCCCAGAAUUCUGUGGGGGAAGUCUUGACUGCUUAAACUGGUAUCAUCAUGCUUUAAAUUUAUGGUGUGAAUGUGGCCUAUCUCCUGCUCUCUGUACGUGAUGUCAAAUAUUUCAGUGAUGUCAAAUUUGACAGUGAUAAACAAUAUUUAUUGUUGUUAUUUUGUUUUAUUACCCAUCCUUGAUCAGGAGUCCCCAAAUGGGUCACAACCAUUUAAAACAACAACACUGAAAACAGUUUGAAAGAAAUUACAAUCGCAAGAGUAGGGUGGGUCCCAAAUAUAUAUAUAUCUGUCAAGUGUCAAAGGCCAAUGCAAACAGGUGUGUCCUCUGCAAAUUACCAAAAUAUGUAUAAUGAAGGUACCAGACGUACCUCUCUGGUGAGGGAAUUCCACAACUUAGGGACUGCUGCAGAGAAUGCCCUCUACCGGGUCACACUCACCCCAAAUGGGAGGUGGAACCACCAAGAGGGUCUGUGCAAAAGGAAGUGGCCUUUUAGAUAUUUGGGGUCUACAUUGUUUUUAGGGCUUUAAACAUUGGCAUGGGCUCCUUGACCACCUUCUGGACUACUGCUGCCACCCAAGCUCCUGAGGGAGGUGGAACCACCAAGAGGGCCUCUUAGAAUGUGGAUUUUUGAGGUGCUAUUUACUGAAGCCUUCCCCAAGCAGUGCUCGUGGGCCUCAGAAUUGGUGAGCCCUUUUUUUUCUUGCCUUCCCGCAGUCACGUACAGCACCAAACGCAAUGGAGUGGAGUGUUACAGUUGCAUCGGCAGUUUGGAGGAGUGUAAUGGGACCAGCAUUCCCACAGCCCAGUGCAGAGGCAAAGAGAACCGCUGCGUGGAAAUUUCUCGCCAGUGGCUGCCAGGUAAUCUAUCUGAGAAGUGUUUUUGUGCCCUUCCAAUUUGUCACUUCUUUCAAGAUUCAGGCCCCACCCCACCCCUGGCACAGUUGCCCCAAAGCUAUGACUGCAUCUAUGGUUCCCCCGCUUUGAUGUCAAAAGGCAUUUUGUACCUCCGCAAGCCCUGCUGGGAAAAAAAAAUCCAUUUAAAAUAAUAAUACAGUGGAACCUUGGUUCUCAAACGGCUUAGUUGACGAACAAAUCGGCUCCCGGACACUGAAAACCCGGAAGAAGUGUUCCGGUUUUCGAACGUUUUUCAGAAGUCGAACGUCCGAUACGGCUGUCAGCUAUUGUUUCCAGGGCGCCUGCACCAAUCAGAAGCCGUGCCUUGGUUUUCAAACGUUUCGGGAGUUGAACGGACUUCCGGAAUGGAUUACAUUCAAGAACCAAGGUUCCACCAUAGUAAUAAUAAUAAUAAUUACUAAACUGCUCCCACUGUGAUGCCAAAAGGCUUUGGGGGGGGGACCCCAGAAUUUGCCCUUUAAAAAAACAGUUUAAAAGUUGUGUGCGUGUACGUGUUUUACCAAUCACUUCUGUAGAUCCUAGGCUGAGGUUCUGGGAUGCCAAAAGGAUUUUGAGAUUCCCCAACUCCCCAGAGUGUAAAAGAAAAGAAAAGCCACACUCACUUUGCACUUUGGUAUGUUGCCCCUGCUCACCUUGGCAUGGGGACAGCGGGCCACAGCCGUUGACCCCAAAAAUGAUUAGCCACCCCUGAUAAAAACAGAGGUGUAUCUGCUGAGGAACCCCUGCUGGUUUUUGUGGCAGAAGCCGUGUGUGCCUUGCAAAAGGUCACAUGUUGGAUUCUAGGGAGCACUCUCAGUUCAUGUGGGGCAAUGGCCUGGCCUCUCCAGUGUCCCGUGAGAACUGGCACUGUGCUGGUAGUGCCUGAUGCCCAUUGGAACUGGAGGAGCAGAGGGAGAGGAGACCAAUGGAAAGUGGAGCCAGAGCCAUUGAGAGGCGGAGGCAUCCCCUGCCUGGUUGUACAUAAGUACACAUUGCACUGCAACAGAAGAUCAAGGAGUCCUACAUGGUUGUCUACUCUCUGCGAACGCAGCCCGAAUGCCAUUGAGCUCCUCUGUAGUGUGCUUGGCAUACAGAAUAGUCCAGCCCUUCGCUCAAAUACAUUCCCCAACAACCAUUGGCAAGGAUCUUUGACACCCUCCUCUGUUUCUACAGGAACAGGUCUGGUGGAGCCCAUCAUCAAAGGCUGCGGGAAUUACCCCAAGGAGGAAACACUCUUGGCAUACAGCAUAGGAGGCAAAAUCAGCUACGUGGCCAUUCGUGUCUGUGAAGGUUCCAGGUGCAACAACAGCUCUUUCACAGGUAACUCUGGGUUGCAGGUUUCUUGGGAUGACCCAAAUUGGAACAGCAGGAGUCCUGAGCCAAUUUCGACUCAAAUGUGCAUGCCAAAAUUAAAAUAAAACUUUGGGUGCUUUGUGUUUAAAAUUUUGUCCCCACUGAGGACUUGAAAACCAAAAUUUGAAAAUUGCAAAAACUCAGAAGUCCGGUUUUUAAAAAUAUCUCUGGAUUGCAUAGAUGUAUUUUUAAAGUCCUUUUGGCUCACAUGUCCCCCCCCCCAUAUAAAAAUAUCCCACCCACAAAAAGCAGCAUUAUUAGGCAGUAAAUAUCUGUGAACAAGACUGGGCAAUAUUUAUUAUUAUAUUUAAUAAUAAUACAUUUAUAUCCCACAAGGGCCAGAAAACUGAGGGGGGGCAAAGCAGUUCCCCCAAAUGUGAGUUAACUACCCUCCUACAAGUAGGCACACAGGCAAGAAUCCAACACAAUAGCUUUCGCUCUCAUUUCCCCAACAUCUCUGAUCUUGGAAAUAGUAUAUGGUCAUCCCUGAAUAAUAGUCAUGAAUUUGUCCCGUCUUUUUUAAAGUCCUGCAUUACAUCAAAGCUCCUCCACUCUCACUGUCUCUGUAUGACUGUGUCAGAAAUCGAAUCCAGGAAUUUCUGAUUCCAAAUUUUGUCCCACAUGUCAUUCUGGCCUCAAAAAAUGCAAAUAGCAGCUUUGGGGAGAUGAGGUUUGUGUUGGGGCUGAAAGAGAAAGAGUUAAACUCCUCAUUCCCACAGUCCAGAGGCUGCUCAGCUCUCCUAACAGCUGCUGUUUGCAGAACAAACAAACAAAAGCAUGGUAAUUGUCACACCUAAUUUGGCCCUUACUGAAAAAGACUUUUGUCUCCUACCUUUCAGAGUUUUCUGUGAGGGAACUCAACGGGCUGGUGUGUUACAGCUGCCUAGAUACAGGAAAUGAUGAGUGCAGCACAGGGAAUCUGCAACUCAUGAACUGCGUGGGAAACAUGGACCAUUGCAUGAAUGUCAUAGGUAAGAGAUGGUGCAAGAUUUAUGGCAAAAGGUGGAUGGAGGCUUUUGAAUAGGCGGUGCCUCCUCAGGUGAUAGUAAUGAUUAUUAUCUUACCAUUUUAAAGUGCCUAACAUUUUCUAAGUGUUGUACCUAUACUAAAAGAUAGGGCUGUCCCUGCCCACAGGCACACAAUCUGAUAGGCAUGAUACAAAAGGAAAAGGGAAUGGGGAGGGUAAAGGAAAGCAAGCAUCAGAGCAGGUGUGCCUUCACUCACCAGUUGAUUGGGCCAGGCUGGUUUCCUCUUUGUUGUGAUCCUAAAAUACCUUCUUAGGUCCAACUCACAUGUACCAGUCACGGUACUAGCCAAGGUCAGUUCCUGUUCCUAAGGCCUACAGAUGGCUUACUUGCAGCACUGGAAAGCCCAAAUGGUUUAAGAACGCAAAGCAUACAUGCACACCAAUUAAUACACAGCAUGAUAAUAAACGGCCUGAAGGAGUGUCUCCACCCCCAUCGUUCAGCCUGGACUCUGAGGUCCAGCUCCGAGGGCCUUCUGGCAGUUCCCUCACUGCGAGAUGUGAGCUUACAGAGAACCAGGCAGAGGGCCUUCUCGGUAGUGGUACCCGCCCUGUGGAAUGCCCUCCCAUCAGAUGUCAAGGAAAUAAACAACUACAGUGGUACCUCACAAGACGAAUGCCUCGCAAGACAAAAAACUCGCUAGACAAAAGGGUUUUUUGUUUUUUGAGCUGCUUCGCAAGACAAUUUUCCCUAUGGGCUUGCUUCGCAAGACGGAAACGUCUUGCAAGUUUGUUUCCUUUUUCUUAACACCGUUAAUACAGUUGUGACUUGACUUCGAGGAGCAACUCAUAGAACGUGGUGUGGUAGCCUUUUUUGAGGUUUUUAAAGACUUUGGUGAUUUUUGAAGCUUUCCCAAAACUUUCCCGACACCGUGCUUCGCAAGACGAAAAAAAUCGCAAGACGACUAAACUCGCGGAACGAAUUAAUUUCGUCUUGCGAGGCACCACUGUAUCUGACUUUUAGAAGACGUCUGAAAGUAGCCCUGUAUCAGGAAGUUUUUAAUGUUUGAUUUUUUGUGUGUUUUUAAUAUUCUGUUGGAAGCCACCCAGAGCGGCUGGGGAAACCCAGCCAGAUGGGCAGGGUAUAAAUAAUAAAUUAUGAUGAUGUUGAUGAUCCUACAGUCAGGGCCGGCCCAAGACAUUUUGGCACCUGAAGCAAACCACAAAAUGGUACCCCCCACGCCCUGCCCAGGGAAGGAAGUGUGAGUGAAGAUCUACAUCAGGAGCAAUCGGGGAGACAAAUCAGCCUUAUCCAGUGGGGGAUGUGGGAGUCAAAGACUUUCACAGUGGGGAAAAGGGCCCAUUCUGAAUCAUGCCAGGCAGGUGCAGAGCCCAGGAGAGCCCAUAGGGCAGCCAGGAGACAUUCCCAGCUCUACCUGAAGAUGUCAGAGACUGAACCUGAGACCUUCUGCAAGUAAAGCAGAUGAGGUAUGGCCCUUCCUUACAGUCCUGUCACAUCCUGGCCCUUCCAGCUUCUGGUUACAGGAAACUAUGAGUAAGUUGAUUUGCCCCAAACACAAGGAAUGCAUGAUUAGGAUUCAGACGAAGGAUGGAUGAGAAAUUUGAUUCAGGAUGCAUUUAAAGCCGAAUCAAUAAAAUUCACACUUUCUGAAACAAUACGCAAACCGAAACACAGCGAUCCUACAAAAUUCACACUUAUCUGAAUUUUUCAAUGCAGUUCUCCAAUCAAGCAAUGUUCAUAAGAGUACAGAUAUUAGGGAAGAGUGUGCAUCGAAAUGAAGCUAUAAAAUGCAUUGGAUACAAAAAUGCAUUAGAUUGUAGGGAAUCGCUUGCCAAAAAUGUGUCACAUUAGUCAAAAGUACCUGGAAUUAUGUCUUUGUUAGGAGAAAUGCUGGUGAAUUUCCGUGUGUGUGUGGGUGUGUGUGGGUGUUUGCAGCAGAAAUAUGAAGAGCUGAAUUCAAGAUUGGGGAAAUGAGUAAUGGAGAGAAAUGAAAUUGACCAACGCUCCUAUCCCUACUCAUAUGAUCUGAUCCCUUGUCCUGGGAAGAUAUGCAACUCCCUUCCCUCCUCUCCUCUCUUCCAAUGCAGAUUAUGUCCGCGGUGCCACCCUCCGAGCUGGCUGCGCCAACCAGCAGCUCUGCCAGGAUACGGUCUUCUAUGGAACACUGCUGCCCAAGCUUCCCGUCAGCUACGUGACCUGCUGCCAGGGCCCCUUCUGCAACGGAGGGCCGGGCCAGGGUGGAAGGAGAGGCGAGGGCAUCCUCUUCGCCCUGCUGGCAGCCCCACUGCUCAUAGCCCUGAACUGAACCACAAAUGCCUUCUUCACCCGUCUGCCCCCAUCCCAAAUGCAAAACUCCUGUAGAUCAGGUGCCCUCUAUCCCAGGUCUGGCAGUGCCCCACCUGCGUCACCAAGGUGUGUCUUUCUUUGGGAACGUAAUGGGAGCAGGACCUCUGGAAGUCUUCCUACCCACAAGGCCCUCUUUCUUAGCCCUGCCAGGUUUCACUGAACUUCGCCAACCCUCCCACAACAACUCAAAAGGUCGCAGCCCGCAAGAGGGCAAGCUGUUUGCUUCUUUAACUUUCCACCCACGUCCGGUGAAGCCACUCAGGAUUACUUGCUCCGGGAGCUUUAAUAAGAUUAUAUAAUGGAAAAACCAGGCCAUCUCUCAUGGCCCCUGAGACACCCCCUUGAGUGUGAAAAGGCCUUUUAACAUCAUGUUUUGUAUUUCCCUUUUUUUGUAGCGGCUGCCUCUCUCAACUCAUCUCAGAAGGUUGGGAGGGAGGGAGGGGGAAUAAGCAGGCGGGAAACCAAAUAAAUGGCUUGGAAAGCAGUGGCGCAGCUGGGUUAGUUCCAGCCUCGGAUCCAGGGAGAUUAAUUUCUAGUUCAUUUCUGCAGAUUUCACGCCAGUGGCUGGUCUGUUUGUUGGCAGAACGAUCUUCAACUGUAGCAGGUUGCAAUUUCCAACCCUGUAGUAUCGAAGGCAAGGCUUUCGAUAUACAGUGGUACCUCUGGUUACGAAUUGAAUUCGUUCCGGAGGUCCAUUCUUAACCUGAAACCAUUCUUAACCUGAAGUACCACUUUAGCUAAUGGGGCCUCCUGCUGCCGCCGCACCGCAGCCACACGAUUUCUGUUCUCAGCCUGUGGUAAAGUUCUUAACCUGAGGUACUACUUUGGGGUUAGCGGAGUCUGUAACCUGAAGUGUUGGUAACCCAGGGUUUUUGUAAACUGAGGUAUCACUGUACUCUUCCUGGAGGAUUUUCCCCCUGCUUCUCCCCACACACACACCCAAAAAAAACUUUAUAACAUUCGUUAUAACCCCAGAUGGGCGGGGUAGAAAUAAUAAAGAAUUAGAAUUAGAAUUAGAAUUAUUCUGUUGAGGGGUUGCACAGGUAAAUGAACUGCAAUCUGACUGAAGAUGGGUCAUCACAAUACAGUGGUACCUUAGAAGUCGAAUGGAAUCUGUUCCAGAAGUCCGUUCGACUUCCAAAAUGUUCUGAAACCAAGGUGCGGCUUCCAAUUGGCUGCAGGAAGCUCCUGCAGCCAAUUGGAAGCCGCAGAAGCCACGUUGGGUGUUCAGGUUCCAAAGAACGUUCACAAACCGGAACACUCACUUCUGGGUUUGCGGCAUUUGGGAGCCAAAAUGUUUGAUGCGCAAGGCGUUCACGAACCAAGUUACGACUGUACAUCAUAAAAGCAUCUUUGGAACAAAGGAAAAGUGGGGCGGAUUGGGGAGUCCGAGGGCAAUCCAGGUUCAAAUUCCUGCUCAUCCUGAAAGCAAAUCUGGUGAUGUUGGGCCAGAUUCUCCCUAUCAAUCCAGCCUACCCCAUAGGGUUGCUGAAAUGAUAAAACAGGAGGUAGACCAUGAACAGUGCUCUGUGCUCCAUAGAGGGAGGACAGGAGAAAAAUAUAACUGCAUAAAUGAAUGGAGAAAUACAGAGAGGAAGCUGACUAAGGGCACAUCCACACUCCUGCUUGUCCCAUGCCUCAAAAGCUUGGGUUCAAGUAGUUCUCCAAUUGUCCUGUGCUUUAUAGGCAUGGAUCUGAGCAGUUUUCUGUUUGCACUGCUGCUUUCCCAGGAAAGCCCUUUAGCACAGAAUCAGAUCAAAUGUCAAGCAGUAAAUGGUGGUUUUUCCCGGGGGGUGGGGGAAUGCGACACAACAAGCAGAAAUCUGGAUGAGCGCAGAGGUCACUGCCAGGCAGGGGAUGAUGAUGAUUUGCAAUAAUUUAACAUGCAAAAUUAAAAAUGGCUUAAGACAACUUACAGUAAAAGGGCCAUUCACAUAUUGCAAGGGGGAUGUUGACAACAGUUUGAUUGUUUUUAACUGAGGGCCUCGGGAGAUCCAUGCACAUGCAUGACGAUUUGCGCUCAUGCUGCUAUCAGGGUGGUCAUACGCAGUCAUGCUUUCAACACUAGUUUUGCCCACAAAGGUUUUGGGGUGAUCAUACUGCUUCCUUUCUAAGCAGUGCCUAUUGCUUAGGAAAUUUCAUUUCCUAAUGAAAUCCCGUAACUUUUUACACCACAAAUGUUCUGGUUUGCUUUCCUUCUGCUUUUUGUUGUGCCAUAGCCCUUUUGGACAGCAAUAAUAAAUUCACCACAAAUGCA